UGUCAAAGACUCUUUUACCUUGCAGGUAUUUUCCUGUAUCUCCCUUUUUAAAACAAAUGCCUCUUGCCCUGUGUUAUCACAAUUACAUUAUCAAUUUUAUCGUCACGGCCCAUUCACCACGAAAUAGAUGCAGGUAGCCGAGAGAAGACUGAAACGAGAGCUAUCGAAGCUGAUGGCGAAGCCUCCCGAGGGUAUAUCUUGUUAUCAGAAAGAUGAACGCAUGAAUGUUCUCAUCGCCACGAUCUCUGGGCCCCGAGGGAGCCCCUACGAGGGAGGCCUCUUCAACCUGGAGGUGGAAGUCGACGCCCACUACCCCUUUCACCCCCCAAAGAUGAAAUUCAUUACGUCUGUGUAUCAUCCGAACAUCGACACUGGUGGGAGGAUUUGCAUGGACCUCCUGAAGAUCCCCAAAGACGACAGUGGGGGCUGGAAUCCCACCAUCACCCUGGAGAGCCUUUUCGUGGCUGUGCAGCUGCUUCUGGAGAAUCCCAACCCUGACGAUCCCCUCAUGCCUGACAUCGCCAAUGAAUAUCGACUCAACAAACUCGUAUUCGAGGAAAAAGCCAGAAGAUUCACUGCUACUCACGCCAGGAAUAACCAGUGACUAAUAACAUUUUUGCCUGACAUCGUUUUUGAUGAAUCGAUUGUUCAUACAACUGAAAUUUUACUUUACAACUUCCACUGAAUUCCAUUCUCGCUGAAUUCAAUCGAAUUUCAUUGAAUUUAGUUGAAUUUCCAAGGAAAAAGUCGAAGAUUUGGGAAUUCUGUUCUGUUUUGUUUCACUUCUGCUCUCAAUAUUAUUAUAAAAUAUUUUUUUACCAAAGGAAUACACAGAUGUUCCUGAUUAAUUAGUCUCGUGUAGGUAAUAUACGUUCCAUUAAUUUUAUUAAAUUUCUCCUUACAAUAAGCAACGAAGUGAUAACACAAGUAUAUCUUCUCAAUUCGAGAUAAGCGUGAUACAUGAAAAUGAAUACUCUUAAUCUAGUCCUUAAGACUACUACAUCGACAUAACAAUAGUCUAUCACAUUAUCGUUUAUCCAUCCAAAUUCCCCAGUACCCCGGAUUCUGUCGUAAAGCUAAUUAGCACGCGUGACAAACAGUAAAUGAUUGACCUAAGCGAUUUCAUUCAUGGCAACAAGCGUACUCAUUUGUAAUUAAAUAAUCAAUUACGUGAUUAAUCAACCAAAAUUUACAAAGUCUCAACAAGCAAUUUUUGCAUAAUUUAAUCAUUUAGUUUUUAGUCCGGAUUAUUUCCUUCGAAACUUAGAGUAGGCACACAGCAAGAAGGCAGUGAUAACAAAAUGCCAGAGAAUAAUUCAUUCGAAAAUAAUUACCGGGGGAGAUCGACACUCUCAAUUUAAUUAAUAAUACUGUCAAAUUUUGAAAUUUCGAAUUUUUGGAAUAAAAAAAAAUCUACACUGCAGGACGUGAUUUUCUUAUUGAGUUCAAUCAAAAUUCUGCAAAAGGGAAGAGUUUAUUUUUCAGAGAAAAAUAUCCCAUUGCAGCAACUAGUCAAAGAAUCGUCAUGAGUUCAGUGACGAAGAGAAAACAAGUCGAUUCAAUUAUUUCAUACGUUUUCGAGAGAUCAUUUUUUGUAACUCUCCGCCAACUCGAUAAAAAACAAUUAUCUCAAAAUAAUCGCGAAAAACUCGAAUCGGAAAAAUCGAAAUAUCACUCCUGCCCUGUUGAUUAAAAAAAUUCAAAAGACUCCCCCAGAUAAUCAAAAUUGGAAACACAUUUUGCUCCCUGCAGGUAACGCCAGUCCUCAAUGCGGUGAUAUGAUAAAUAUUCUCUAAUCCUAAGCCCCGGAACUCAGUCCCCAAUCUUCAAAAUUUGUACUCCAUAUUAUCUACGAUAAAUUCAACGUGUCUUAUCAAAAAUUGGGUCAAGAGUGUGAUAGCCUUGACUUUCAAAAAGUUCAGGUAAAUUGAGCAUUCCGGACGCAUUGAUAAUUGACUGGUACGACUGAUUCCACCAAAUAUCCACUAAACAUCUCGCCCCAGGGACUGCGUAUAUACAAUCAAUGAUAAUUAUCAGACCCUCUCAGAACCCGCAAUCGGUGUCUCCUCCAGUCCUUGAUGAAAUGAAGAACAAAUGGAUGAA